AUGGCAACUCCACGCAUCACACUGUUCUUUGACCUUGUCAGCCCUUUCAGUUAUAUCGCAUUCCAUAUUUUGAAGAACUGCCCCGUCUUCUCAAAGUGUCAAAUCGACUACAUUCCUGUAGGAAUACGAGAUUUGUUUCAAAAAUGCCAGAAUAGCCCACCCAUCACUGUGAAAAACAAGGCCCAAUGGAUUAACCGUGAAAGACUGUACUGGUCUCGCCGAUUCGGUGUUCCAAUGUCCGAUGCUAUCCCUGAGGGAUUCCCAGCUCCGACAAGUGAUAUCCAGACUGCGCUGUGUCUCAUUGGACAAGAGUGCCCAGAGAAACUGAGGAGAGAUACCAAGAUCGUUACUCGUGAGAGAUUUAUGGCCGUGAUAGAGAGUCAACUGGGCCAAGAGACCGCGGAACGUAUCAAGAACAAGUUGGAGAACUCGGAUGCAAGCGAGGUCUUGCUCAGCGGUACACAGCGAGCCUUUGACAAUGGAGCCUUUGGGUUGCCGUGGUUUGAAUGUGUCAAUACCGAAGGUAGCAUGGAAGGUUUCUGGGGUAUAGAUCACUUGGGCCGUUUGGCCGACUUCUUGAAGCUUGAUACCAGUUUGGAUCAAGGAUUCCGAACUUUACUCUAA